AUGUACGAGACACUGUUGUCCCUUCUCCUGUGCACAUCAGCCUCGGGCGUUCUGGUCGACCGGAGUCUGGAAGCAGGAGCACGUGGUCGCGACGUGGUGGACACCGUACUCUAUAGGAUCCGCCGAAGCCGUGUGUUUCCUGAUGAUGAUGACUUCAUUCGUCGCGUGGCUUAUACCGAGAACAUGUUCGGCGAGGAUCCGUGGACCUACCGGCCUGGCUACGCCGGAGGCUUGUGGAAUACGGAUCGGUUCAAUAUGAGCCAGUACGAUCGUCCUUACCGAAGCAUCAGCCCGAAGCUCAGGAACAUCCACGAGGCCAUCAAGAAAACCAUGGGCAUCGAUUGGAUGCAGGUGACCGAGGCGGACUUGCUGAAACCCCUCUACUCGGGGCUCACGGCGUGGAUCAUCACCGAACUGUUCCGCCGACAAUUUCCGCGCCCGAGCAACGUCGUCGGGCAGGGCGAAUGGUGGCACGAUCUUUACAGCGCCCGGAGACCCGUCUACGGGGAUUUCCAGAAUCGGACGCUGGAGCUCCUCAUCGAGGACAUGCGUCCCUUCGGCGGGAAGAUCGACUUGAUGCUCGUCGUCGACGGGAGUUGCCGCGUGGGUAUGGAGGCGUACGCGUCGUCGCUCGACUCCUUGGCGCGCCUGGUCGGCGUCUUCGAUCUCCGGGAGGCCAACGUCGGUCUCGUCGUGUACUCCAACAGGGUCACCGAUAAGAUCCCGCUCACGAACGACUUGACCAUGCUCGCUCUCCAGGAGAGCAUUCGGAGCACCGAUUAUCCGAACAAUACCGCCAAUAUUUAUGCCGGUAUCAUGGGAGCGAUCAACGAAUUUCAAACGUUGCCGAACGCUCGCAAAGAGAGCGGGGCGCCGAAGCUCAUGGUCAUCUUCACCGAUGGCAAUCACACGGCGGGACCUGAUCCGGGCCUCGCAGCCGAGAAGGCUGCCAGAGCAGGGAUCGUGACCUGCGCCUUCGGAAUCGGCGAUGCGAUCGACGACGGUCAGCUCCUCAGAAUCGCGAACAACGACGCCGAUUUCAAGUUCAAGACGGAGUCGCACUACACGCUACGAGAACAGAUAGUUCGGGUCGCACAGAGGGCGAAGACGAUGCCGCAAACGCUCAAAAUGGGAUCGGACACCAGCGUGACGAUGAAAGAUGGCGAUGCGAAGAGGUACUUUCUCCUGGAGGUACCGGAGGAAGGUGCAACCAUCACCCUGAUCAACGCCAAGGGUGAGACUCGCGGCUAUUGGACUUUCACCCCCGAGCCGCCGUCCAGCGCUCUCUACGAAGGGGUUCUAACCGAGGGGGAGACGUUCAUUUCACCCCCGCGACUCGGGAAGUAUUGGCGACGACGACGUACAAACUUGACGAUGCCGCCUAAAAAUAUGCUGCUCACGCUACAGGGUAUCGAGGCCGAUAACAGGGUGACGCUGUGGAUCGACAAAGGAGACGUCAUCGGGUGCGGAUUCGCAGCCGCCAAGUUUGACGUCACGUCCUUGCUCCUAUCUGCUACUUUCGUUAUCACCACUGUUCUAUUGAAAUAA